GAGAGUUCUUGGCUCCACCAGACAUUCGGCGGUUGCUCUAGAGAGGCUUGAGACAGAAACUUAUCACCAUGAAACCCACUGCCAUGGCACUGAUGUGCCUGCUGCUGGCUGCCGUGUGGAUACAGGAUGUUGACAGCAAGAGCAUGCUUACGGUCUCCAAUAGCUGCUGCUUGAACACCUUGAAGAAAGAGCUUCCCCUGAAGUUUAUCCAGUGUUACAGAAAGAUGGGCUCCUCCUGUCCUGAUCCCCCAGCUGUGGUAUUCAGGCUGAACAAAGGUAGAGAAAGCUGCGCCUCAACUAACAAAACGUGGGUUCAAAAUCACCUGAAGAAGGUGAACCCCUGCUAACCGGGGUGAAGAUGAGCCACCUUCCCAUCCCAGCACCAGAGACUGCAGUUUCCCUCAGUCCUCCACCCUCCCACUGCCGCCACCCCUACUGCUGCAGGCUCACAGACCUCAGUCAUGUGAUAAGCUAUGUUAUGGUUCUUUAUCUGUUUAAAAUAUGG